AUGAAAUGGUGCUGGAAUUUGCUGUGUUCCUUCCUUCUGCUGGAAUUGGCUCCCACCCAAGCGUUUGUGGACAUAAACAUGCUCACGGCUCUCCAGAUACAUAAGAACCUCAACGGAUCUGAAGAUCCCUGCAGGAAUUUCUGGAACUAUGCUUGCGGUAACUAUUCAGCAGCUAACGGCACCAAAUAUGUGGAUAACUUCCAGCUGGUGGAGGAUCUGUACGCCCAGGCCAUGGAGGAGUUCAUGGAAAGUGAGGGGGAGCUCAUCGAGAGUGAUUUGGAAUUGAAUGAAGAACCAGCGGCGCGACUGUUGGCCCAGAUGCGAGCCUAUUACAAGGCCUGCAUCAAGGAUCCAGAGAUAGACUGGUCAGAGCCAGAUCUCCAUUCGCUGGAGCCCAACGAUUGGGCGCUCGAAACGGCUAAGUUCCGUAGACACGGAUUGAAUGCGGUGUUCUUUGACGAGCGCGUAGAUGUCGAAACCAACGAUUCGCUGCGUCCGGUGGUGCUGCUCAAGAUGCCCGCUCUCAGUAAUAGCUACAGCGAGCGACGUGCCCUGCAGGUCCUUCAACGCAAUCACUCUGGAAGCGUAGAGGCAAUCUCCAGGCUGGUGGAUCAGCUGCGGCAACUGGAAGCCACGCACCGCCAAGAGGAGCCUCUGGUACAGUCCUGGUCCUUGGCCGGUCUCACGCAGCACAUACCAGAGAUCAAUUGGCAAGGUUACUUUCAUGUGCUGCUGUCGGGUCAUCUGGAGGGGGUGCUUUUCGAGGUCAGCGAUGUGGAUUAUUUGCGGGAGCUUGGCCAGCUUUUGAGUAAUGCCAGUAAAAGCACCAUUAAUCUCUAUCUCCGACUGCGUCUCACCGUUCUGCUGAAGUAG